AUAGAAAUACGGAGAAUCUCCUUCCUUCCUUUUAAAGAAGGGUGAGGUGGUAGAGAGGUGUGCUGGGGCGGGGCAGCGCAAGGUGAGGACGGUUAGCGGGCGGCGCGGGACUGAUGAGGAGAGGCGGCGGCCCUGGGCGGGCGGACGCUCGAUGGAGGCGACUCUAGAUCUGGACUCGUUGCUCUACUUUGCUUCUAGUUUGUAUCAGGGCUGGAUCCGAGUGUACGAUAUAAGAGGUCCACCUACACACAGAAUAUCUUGUGGAAGAUCGCAUUAUGAGCGUGCAAUAUGGAACACCAAAUUUUGUAUUGUCACAGAUGGUCAGUUGCUGUUGCUGGAUAAAGAGGAGAUUCAUCCGUUAUUGCUGCAAGAACGGCGAGCAGAGUCAUGUAGGGCAAGGCUGCUACGCAGAACUAUCAGUGUUCCUUCUGAAGGUCAGUUUCCGGAGUACCAACCAGAUCUUGCAAUGGAGCAUGGUCUGUUUAGAUUUAUUUUAAAUGUUAUUGACACUGGAACAGAACUUGGUGACAUAAGUGUACAGAUAGUCAAAGGUGGUGAUGUGUCAGAAGAUGGUGAUGAAUUUAAUCAUUGUGUCUUUACUGACAAUUGGCUGCUGAAAUGGAAAAUGGAUCACAUUUUCCAGGGCCUCAGUGAACCUUGA